AUGUGCUGCAUCGGUCUCGGUUACUGCAGGUCCAUCACCGUAUGGAUCCUUGCCUACGUCGCGUGCGAAAGCUGGGAAUAUCACGACAGAAGAAAAGAGCGUAAGGAGCAGCGUCUGAAGGAGAAGCAAGGGGUCCAGAGCACGCCUGAACCGCAGUAUUGA